UUUUUUCAGUGUUUUUUUUUUUUUGCAUUUUAUAUUUUUAUAAUUAUUUCUAUUUUUUUUAACACGUACUAGUAGCGAUUUAUACAACGAAAUUCCGCGAUAAACGAUUAUUUCGAAUAAUUAUUUUGGCUCUACUCUCCAAUCGACAGCAGCUAAAUGCAGCAGCACGCACACUUUGAUGAAGCAGCCGCCGAAAGCAAACAGCUGAGCAGUGGGAUUCAAGGCUUAGCCAAUAAAAAGGUCAUAUCUACGGAAUUUUCCGAAACAUACCUGAGAUGUAUGCAACAGAGCUCGGUAGGGGUUCAACCCGAGGAUAAGGAAUUGGUGAAUGCCUAUGAGGUUUACAAAACAUCGCUAGAGACAAGAAAGUUAGCAAGUGAAGCCGAUAAAAGAUUAUAUGCGGAUGCCAUUAUAAAUCCACUGGGUUCUGCGCCAUUGUCGUAUAUCUGCGCGAAAGCAUUGGCUAAGAUUUAUGCACCCAACGAACUAGUCGAUUUGGUUAAGAAUGAUGCGCUAGUAAUGAGGGCUUACUACGAUGCAAUGGAUAUCGAUUUACCGUUGGAGAAAUGUUGUGAUAUUGAUGAUGAGAAGUAUUGGAAACGCUUUGUUGUGUCCCGCCAUAAAGAUCCAAGUAUGCAAGUUCAGAAAAUCAAAUGGAAAAAUAUGGGUAUUAAGAUGAAAUUGGAAAGUAUACUGCAGCAAAUAAAACCGGAGUAUUGGGAUCCCGUAGAGCUGCGGCCAUUAGCAGAAAAAAUUAAAUAUUACAUUACAGAUUUACAUAUUGAACAUUUGCGUGCGUUAGAUGAAAGAUUUCUACUUAAUCAUUUUAUGCGAGAUGAUUUGUGCUCUACCACCUCAUCAGAUACAACCACAAUUCCUUCAAGUACUACACCGAGUGAGUACGAGGGAGAGGAAGAAGAAUCCAAUGAUGGCAAGAGCAGUGUUAGCACCGCAAUCUCCUGGAGUAAAGGUGGAGGCUCUAAAAAAUCUACACAUCCCGGAACAGUUAAAACAGCCAAACAACCAGUUUUCGAAGACGGGUCAAGUAAACUGAGUAUGUACUCAAUUUGGAGUUAUAAAUUUCGGUCAUUCAAUGAAACUUGGCUUGAUGAAAUCAGCGAUGUUGAUGAGAAGGAAAUAAGAAGAGAGAAAAGGGAAGCACAACGUGCUAGACGUCGCAUACGUGACGAGUGUAAGGAGCGUAAGCGAAUUAAGGAAGAACAAGCGGAAAUGGAGCGUGAACUGGCUGAGAGAGCCGCUGCAGAAAAGGCAGUCAAAGAUAGUUUAGCACGGAGAAGAGCAGCAAGGAGGGCGAAAAAUCGGAAAGCGGAUGAAGACGAAAUGAUUAGUGUAUUCGAUAUGGAAGUUGAACCACCUGAAGAGAAUCUCUUCGACGAUGUAUCUGAUGCAAGAAAUCCAGAGAAAUUGAAGCGCAUAUAUGAAGCUAUGAAAGAUCCAGCAUUCGUUGAUUUUUGUCAUCAUCUAGACUUACGUUUCUUGGAAUACUUUCCAUAUCUAACAAAUUUAAUAAUUGAAUUUAAUGGACCAGCGCCACCAACAAAAUAUGAGGAUUGGCAUUUCAAUGUCAGUACGCGCGACAUUCAACAACUGGCGGAAGGCCUCCGAUAUCUUAGUCGACUCACUGUCUUUGCGCUACGCAAUAGUCGUUUAAAUGCCAAGAAACUCUAUAUGCUCACGAGAAGUCUCAAGAAUAUUUAUGCGCUGCAAAGUGUUGAUUUCAGCUAUGACAGUUUGAAGGAUGAUUGCGGAGAAGGUCUUUAUGAAUUAUUUCAAAAAACCUAUUCAAUCAAAUCACUCGAUUUAACUGGUAAUGAACUUGGCACUGAUGCAAUUUGUGAAUUGGCCAGAGCGCUGGGCGGCUACGACGGUUGUUGUCAGUACUUAAGUUUGGCGCGUAACAGACUUAAUGAAGAGACCAUAAAGCUUCUAUGCAUGCACAUCAAUAAUACCUCACAGGUGCGGGAGUUAUGUUUGCGUGGUGCAUUGUUGACGCAAGAUGGCAUAAGGAAAUGCAUUGCUUGGCAAUUAAUACCAAAUCAUAAAGUUUUGCGUGGCUUAGAUUUAUCCGGUGUACCAAUCGAUGCUAAUGUGGCUGCUGAGUUACUCAAGGCGCUGAAGGACAAUUAUAAAAUACGUAAAUUUGAUAUAUGCGGUUGUGAUAUACCUGUUGAAAUGGAGAUUGAUUUUGAAAUUCUGCUGAAACGUAAUAAGUUUCUCUUUAAUUAUCCAUCGAUUGGCGAUAGAAGGAAGUCCGUUGAAGAUAUUGAUGCAUCUAUUAUGAAAACAAAAAACAAAAUUCUAUUACGCGCCAUUGAUGAGGGGGAUAAGAGAAAUGAAUGCUUGAGUCAGCGACCAGUUGAAUUUCAACAUUUCAGUAGGAAAAGCGGCAUAAACACAAAGCAAAAUUCCCAACUAAAGCUGACAGAUUUAACAAAUGAAGGUGUGGAGGACAUAGAAGAGGAAGAAGUUGUAGUUGGUGUAGAAGCAGAAGAUGGAGAAGAAGAGGAAGUAGAGAGUAGUGAACAACACUUCAGUAAAGAAUAUCGAAGAAGUUACUUUAAUAAGCCAUAUUUUGAAGAUGCGAACGCAUUUAGCAAAAACGAAGUUUUAGCGCGUUUUUGGUAUUUUGAUAAACCCAAGCGAGUAUUUCCAAAUUACUAAUUUGUAAGCGCACAAAUAAGCAAUUAUUCUAAAUUAAAAAUCAAAAUAAAAUAUUUUUUAAA